UUCGCCAACGUGGACCAUACUCUCUGUUUCCCUCGCAGAGAUUUAUUCGGAUCGCCCCCAAAAUUCCCAAAAUCCCAACGAAAAACAAAGAAAAACAACAGAAUAUUUUGAUUUUGCUUCGGAUUCACUUCAAACUUCAAACCUUCAUUUGUUCGAGCGACAAUAGAAUUUUAAUAUAAUCGGAAAAACGAAAUGAGCUCCGGAGAACUUCUUCAUAUCGAACCUUUAGAUCUCAAGUUUCCUUUUGAGCUGAAGAAGCAGAUCUCUUGCACGAUUCAAUUGUCGAAUAAAACUGAAAAUCAUGUCGCUUUCAAGGUUAAGACGACGAAUCCGAAAAAGUACUGUGUUCGCCCUAAUACGGGGGUUGUUUUGCCUCGAUCCACUUGUGAUAUCAUAGUAACGAUGCAGGCACAAAAGGAGAUGCCUGCUGACAUGCAAUGUAAGGACAAAUUUUUACUUCAGAGUGUAUCUGCAGGUCCUGGUACAACUAUAAAAGACAUUACUUCAGAACUGUUCAAUAAAGAACCAGGAAAGUUAGUGGAAGAGUGCAAGUUGAAAGUCAUUUAUUACCCUCCCCCUCAACCACCAUCGCCGGUUGCAGAAGGUUCGGAUGAAGGUUUAUCACAAAGUCCAACCUUGUUAGAGAAUGACAAUCCAAAUAAUGGUUUUGAGGCUACAAGAUCAUUUAGUGAUUCCCAUGACAAAUCUUCAGAGACAAAAUCACUUGUUUCAAAAUUGGCUGAGGAAAAAGUUGCUGCAGUUCAACGAAACAAUAGACUUCGCCAAGAACUGGAACUGUUGAAGCGUGACAUUCACAAAAGUCGCAGUGGUGGCGUUUCAUUCAUGUUUGUCAUCAUUGUCGGCUUGGUUGGUGUAAUUUUGGGUUACAUUGUGAAGAAAUGAGUACUUAAUAAGGCAGGUUUGGCACAUCUUUCACUCCCUCAAUGUGUUGAUCCUACAUUGUUGCUUGCCCCUUGCAGAAAUUUGGGGUGGAAUGAAAAAGAAUUCUUGAAACUGUUUAGCUCAAACUGCAGUGGGUUAGAGAAAUUUACUUAGCUAGGGUUCAUAAUUCUUGUCAGUUAACUGUGUUUUUAUGAAAUUCUUUUAAUCAUACAUUAUUCUGUAAACUUGCCAAUAUUUUCAUUCCAACUGUAUGUUCAAUUCUAUGUCUCAAAUGGAGACAGUAAUUGGAAGCAGUCUACACUUUUUGUU